AUGUCUUUCCUCCGCUCCAUUUACCUCCGCCUCGUAGUAUUCGUCCUACGAGGCUUAGUAAAACUUCGAGCAAACAUCAACCCAUCUUACGACUACAUCCAACACAUCCCAUCCCGGGACGGCGGACGAAGCAUAACAGCCCACGCAUAUUGUGGCCCAAAAAGCGAGAGCAAGAAAUCCACGCCCAGUCCCGUGCUUAUAAAUCUCUUCGGCUGCGGCUACACGCUCCCACUACACGGAAGCGACUCCCGCUUUUGCCGCGAGAUAAGCCAACGAACAGGCUGGACCGUGCUAGACGUAUCAUACAGACUGGCACCAGAAAACCCAUUCCCAGCUCAACUGCACGACGCAGAAGAUGUCAUAAAAUGGGUCCUAUCCAACCCAGACAUGUUCGAUCCAUCCCGGAUAUCAGUGUCUGGAUUUAGUUCCGGGGGCAAUCUUGCGCUUUCAAUCGUGUCAUCAAAAUUCUCGCCCGAAAAUUUCCAUUCUGUGAUUGCAUUUUAUCCUGGUGUGGAGUCUUAUCGUGAUCCUGGGACAUUGGUCGCACCGCAGCCGGGUGGAAAGCCUAUGCCGCCGUUUAUUAUGAGGGUUUUCUUUGGGUGUUGGAUUCCGGAUGGUGUUGAUAUGAAGGAUCCGAGGAUUUCGCCUGGUCUGGCGGACCCGGCAAGGUUUCCGAAGAAUGUUUUGAUGAUUACAGCUGGGCAUGAUAGUAUGGCUGAAGAAGCCGAGAGGCUUGCGGAGAAGCUUAGAGAGGAUCCUGAGCGAAAUGUUGUUGCGGAGAGGAUGGAUCGGUGUAAUCAUGGAUGGGAUAAAAAGGCGGUUCCUGGGACGAGAGACUGGGAUAUGACGUGUAAGGCUUAUGAUAUGGUUGUGGAAAUGAUAGGGACCGAGUACUUGAGAGAGGGAAGGAGAGCUAGUUAA